AAUUCAUUUGUUUGGCUGCCAUAGCAUCACUGAACCGCUAAAUUAUUAAUAAGACAACUUAUGAAUAUUUAAAAAGGAGUCAUUUUACUACGGGAAACAACGUAUGCAAGCGAUAAAAGAAAUCUAUUUAUUAAAGGAUUGUGUUCAUGUUAGUCUGUCGAGUGUGAUUCUGUAACUGUGGAAAGUUACGUAGAGACGCAACGCGUCCAUGGCAACGAACUUUUAUUAGCCGCUGUUUUGGAGUUGCAGCUCGCGCGCAGACAGUAGCCACACUUGAUGCGUUAUCUGGAGCGCUACAGCAUGGAGUUGAAUGUUUUAGCGUCUUUCCGCGGUUAUUCCCCUGUAAACAGUGUCCAGCAGCGAGUUUAGACGGUGUGAGUAUGUCGGUGUCCGUCAGCUGCAGCGCGUCUCCUCCUCCGGAGGGAGCGAGACCCGAGAGCCGCAGGACGAGGAGAUCCAGCGCUGCUGUCUCUAACCUGGUGGCAGAGCUUCCUCAGGUGAGAGAGAGGACACCUGUAAAAGACAGAAGCAGCCUGCAAGUGCGUGAUGAUUUAAUUCCAGACGAGCUCCUCGCAACUUUAACAUCCACCGCUUGUCCUCAAGACAGACUCGGACCCCUCAGAUUAACCAAAACUCCUAAGGACUUCAAGGUUUGUUUAAUACAUCGCACUGAUGCAGUGUGGCACCAUCCAGCUAGACGCAAGAAAUACCAAUACUUUCUCAACCAGCCGACCUCUCUGACUGGAGCUGGAAGAGACAUAUCCUUCCUCUGUGAUGCUCGAUUUCCUCUCCCACCGAUGGCUGAACGAAGCUCCGCUCAGGGAGAUCAAAUUGACACGAGUUCACUGGAAACAUUAAUCCCGGAAGAAUAUCACAUCAUAAAAAACAAAGGCCUUAAGGGACUGCAGUGCUAUGAUGACAAAUUCACAGUUCUACUAGAAGAUGACAAACAGAAGCUACGAGUCUUUCCAUCAAUGAAACCAAGCGGCCGUCUUGAGGUGAUACAGUUAAUGAAAGUGAUGGACAAAAUGCUGGAAAAAGCAGGUGUCAGUCAAGAGUUUCAAGAGCUAACCGAAUUCUCACAGAUUGAAAAUUUACUGGAGCUGGUUCAAAUCGAGCAGAACAUCUACAACAUUAUUUUCCACGAGCUAAUCCGCCAGGUCAGCGUCGAAUGUGCCGAGAGAGGACAACUCCUCGCCAAGAUCAGGGAGAGGUACGUGGCUCUACUUGACCGUAUCCCACGACAGGUGAAGGGUCUGCACACAGAAACCUUAGCGCAGAAGGCUCUAGACCGCCGGCUCACUGAAGAAAUCAUUCACUUCAAAAGCUCCAUUGCACAGCUUAAUUUGGAACUGAGUGCUAUGAAAGAACAUGAUGAGAAUGUGUCCAAAGAGGCAGAGGAAGCCAAAGAGGAGCUCGCUAAAGCCCUGGAGGAGUCGCAACGCAAUGCAAAUAUUGUAGCAGAGUACCAUGAGCUUUAUGAGCUGCAGCGAAGGAGACUUGAAGGACAGAUGUCUCAGCUAUAUGAAGAAAGGGACCUCUGGAAAAAAGCCACCUAUGGUCUUGCAGUCAAGAUAAUAAAGAUAAAUAAACUUCAUCUGGUCAGACGGCUACAUAUUAGUGAGCAGACCUGGGCCAAGACUACAGAUCAUUUCACUGUUCUCCUAACGGAAAAGGACUUUGAGGAUGUUUCUCACAUCAUGGAAUUGACUGACCAGUGGAAAGAUAAACUGACCAACUUCAUGGAGAACCUCAGAGAGGCUGAAAGCAAACAGUGCAAGACCAUCGAAUCUGUCCGUGCUAACAUUGUCAAGUGGCACAAGUUUUAUGAAGACAAAUCAAGGAACCCUAAUAUGAACGUUGACGAGUCUUCAGAAGAUGAGCUGUCCCAAGACCUGAAGCAAUGGUCAAAGGUGUUGACACAGCAGUGUGAGCGAUAUGGAGGAGAGGACCUAGUGUCUGGUCAGGAAACACUUGAAAUGCUAACAAACCUACAAGAGUCCUGGAUUGAGGUUUGUCUCCAGCUCUUUAGGAGACACCCUGGUCCAGAUGGAGGGCCACCUAAAGGCCAGGAGGCCAUGAGGGAGCUGGCAAAAGCCAUUACAGAGCUCCAGAACCAACUGGGAAUCCGUAUUAGUGGAGAAAGUGGGAUCCAUGCAACACUAAUGUUGCUUAUUGAAAAUAUGGAGUUCUGGGCAAGACGAUUAAAGUCCUUGAGUGGACUUCCAGAGGAGCAGUCUUUGGGUGAUUGGCUCAAGUUAGAGGAAACUCUUGGCAACUUGAUGAAUCUGUCUAAAGAGGCUCUCCAACUAGUGAACAGCACACAGUCAGAACGGGACAGGGCUAAAAAGAAACCCCACACCAAGGUGGAAAUGGAUGAUGUCUUAAAGGCAAUGAAGGAAUUCCGGUUCUCUCAAGAAAACUUUUUCAACUGUGAAAAUAUGAGGCUUCAUGAGGAGGUAUCUUCUCUUCACACCAAGUUGAUUCGGUGGAUGGUGGACCUUCUGCUACUGAUGGUGCCAGUCCAAGAACCGAAUCUUCCAAUGCCUGAAUUGAACGCUACUGUGGACGUGUCUGUUGAGAACCUGGAGGCGGAUGCCAGGAACCUCUCUGGGAAACUUGACUACUUCUCCAAGUAUAUCACAAGCUCUUGUCAGGCUAUUGUGGAGGAGGCAGUCCGGAAGAGCUCAACUCAGGAUGACACAGAGAAUGAGCUCUACCAACUUGCUAAACUUCAGAAAGAGUGUGGCGAGUGGGUGGAGGCCUGUCGAAUACUACUGUCAGAUGUGAAGGGAAGCCCUGUGGACCUGCAGCUGUCUGGAAAAACUGUGCCACAGCCUCUUGAGCAACAACCAGAGGAACCUACCAAAGAAGAUGAAGAGGAACCCUUGACCAUAAAAGACGCAACUGGGCCUUAUUCUUUCCAAAGUGCUGAUGAAUAUGGGGAAGAAAAGGCCAACAGACAUGACAAAGAUGGCUCAUUCAUGAAGCUAGUUGGUUAUGAUGGCAAUAUCACUGAGAAGAACUUAGGAGAGGACACCAUCCAACUUACAGGGGUGAGUUGGCCGAAACCAUCUCCAUCAGCUUCCCAUCUACAGAGUGUAAAGCAUAAACCUUUUCUUAUUAUUUUCCAGACUGAAGAACUUGUGGUAUCCCCUCACACUGAAAAUGCCAAGGAAGCCUUCAAUGCAUUAGAAACAGUGAGAGCUCUUCAGCAAGAGCUUCUGGAUGUAGAGACGCGAGCUAUCAGCGCGGAUGUACGAGCGCUAAAGGCAGAGGAAGACCUACAGGCAGCUCUGGACAAGAUACAAGAUCUGGAGAGGCAGCUACAGGCUCGGCCCAGUGUGGAGACCAAGUCAAGCAAGAAGAAUGUAGCACCCGCACACAAGGCCCCCAGCACCCCUUCUGAAGCUAAAACGAGAAGUCAGAAACCUGAAGCCAGCCCGAAACUGUCCAGAGGCACCAAAAAACGCUAAAUGGGAAUAAACACCAUACUGGAGCUCAUGUGGCGCAAAAUAAUAAAGUAUAGACACAUCUGUAUUUGAAGUGUACUUGUAUUGCACAUAUCAUAAAAUGAAUAUUAAUUUUAAGAUUUGCUAAAGAUUACAUUUAAAGCUGCAGUCCGUAACUUUUUUUUGUGUUCACAAUUUACAAAAUUUACAUAAUAAGUGAGUACAUCAUGAAUCUAUUUUCCAAAUAGUGUUUUUGGCUUCUUCUGAAUCACUACGCUACACCUAAAAUAAGUUUAGACUGGUUUGGGUAGGUACCGCUGUGAGUAACCCAGUACCUGCGUGAUUCGUCAUAGACAUAAACAGAGAGAAGUAGCUCCGGCUACAAUGUUCUUCCGCAAGAUGCAUGGAGUUCUGUUUAUUAACCGCUAGAGUGGUUAAUAGAAGUUACGGACUGCAGCUUUUAAGGGUUAGUUCCCCCCAAAAUGAAAAUUCUGUCAUUAAUUACUCACCCUCAUGUUGUUCCAAACCUGUAAGAACUUCGCUCAUCUUCAGAUCACAAAUUAAGAUAUUUUUGAUGGAAUCUGAGAGCACACAACUGUAAUGUUCCCAGGUCCAGAAACGUAGUAAGGACAUCGGUAAAACAGUCCAUGUGACAUCAGUGGCUCAA